AACCAACUGGCCGAUGUUUUCACUCAGCUCAAUGAAACGGAGCUCCAGCUCAGCGGUCUUGAGGCAUGGGCUGGCUUGCCCCCGGAGUGUUUCUCUUCGGUUCCUUCCAAUUCAUCCGGUGCGACGUUCGACUCAGAUCAGAUUUCUUUUGAAGCGCAAACGUUGGUUGAACUGGUUCGCAGGCUACAGGUUGGUCUGCGUUCAAUGGUAUCCAAGAACUUUGUUACACCGCAGACAAAUCCAACUGAUGUGACAAUGGAUGAAUCCUAUGGACAGACAACAUCCACCUUUGUCCAAGGCCAGGCAAAACAACGAUCGACGACGAAGGCUCAAAAUAGCCGUAUAGAUCCUCAGCCUACGUCAAGCACAGUUCCUUCCGUCAUCGGUGGUCAAAUCCCCAGCCAACAAGGAUACACUACUAUUUCCCCACAAUUAGCCGAUACUGUUUCCUAUCCGAUCAGUGAGGAAGGCAGUACCGUAGCACAGCAUGGUAGUCGUUUAGCAUAUCAGUCACCCACUCCUCACUUCAAUAUUUCGGCGUCGACUCGCUCGCCAAUGACAGACCGUCGUCAACCAGAAGGUACAGAGCACUACUCGGGGAUUCCCAAUCCGAAUCGUUCAGCUCCAAUGGCGCCACAUUCUUCCACUGCACCUAGUCCGUUUGGGCAACAGACUGUCUGCCCUUAUACCACCGGUGGCCAGUCGGGAUAUUCGGAUAUGCUUUCCCAACCUCAUUCCAAUCGGUUGACCGGUUCGGGUUAUCCGGAACCUGGUGUUAUGUGUGAUGUGGGCUGUUCAAUGCAUGGCGAUCCUCACCUUGGUUUUUGGUUUGUUCCCUACAUCUUUUUGGCUUCUGUGCGCGUCCAAUAUAUAGGAUCCACAAUCCUUUCUCGAAUGCUUUCUGGAUCGCGUUUGGCCUCACCACUCACCAGACCAACUGGACUAUUUUUGGCUGAAUCACCUUUGGUUCGUGCAUUGAGGACUGUCCCUCUCAAAGGCCGUAGGUUGUGGGAGCGAUAUGAUGUGAAUCCAGAGCACUCCGGAACACACACGGUAUAUCGAGAUACCCGACCAGCAGUUGAGGACCAAGAUGCGCAGAUCUCCCGUAGGCCCAAUUCCGUUGUGAGUGGUUCUGGUGGAGGAGCUCCAUAUGUGAAGCCCUAUCUACAGCCGAAACCAGUGGACCUCCGCUACAAUCCUCGGCUGUACGAUGGUGGCUUGUUACCCCGUCUGGAACAUACCGAUGAACCGGUCCGUUUGCCAGAAUACCGGCCUAGGGAUCUAUGGGCCCCACACCGAGCACAUUUCGGUCAGAAUGAUUAUAUUGACAUUCUGGGUGAUGGAAAACUAACCUUCCGCGAUUUUUACACCGGUCCUCCCUGGUCAUUUGGCACCAGAAACGAAUUUCAGCGUGUGAGUGCGCGAAUGAACAAUCCUGCCCUCGUAGCCUGGUUGGAGGAGUUCGAGCCAUCUCGUUUGAAGUUAGAACAGAAAAGAAGAGAUUACUUGUACAAGAAAGUGAACAAGAGGAAAAAUAUUAAGUUUUAUCGAUACCGUGAUGCCCCAUGAAAAUACACCAUUGUUUCCCACUCACUACGCUUGUACAGAUUUUUUUAAAUUGUCAAACCUCUAGUGAAUCUGUUCCUAGUUUAACAAGUAUGUUUUCUUCCACUUCCCGGAAAUUAGAUUUUACGAGCCGGUAGUCAUCCAACACCCAAUCCGUGGGAUUAAUUUCUCUUCCCUGCCGUAAAAACAAUCAAUUGUAGGGAGGCUGGUACAAAUGACCCGUAUACCCUGGAAGUUCAGCUUGGGACCCAAACUUUGUGCUCAAAAUUUCCUAUCACACAUGAUUGUAACCUCAUCGUUU